AUGGAUAAGAUAAUGUGCUCCAUCGCCUCACUCCUCAGCUGCCGCGGGUUACUGCACUUAGGUGAGAUCCUGCUUUGUAUUGUCACCUUCAUUCUGUCUUCAUUCUCGCCUAAGCCACUGCACUCCUACUGGAUCUACUGCAUGUUCAUCUGGCCUAUCUGCGCCCUUCUGACCCUGGUCAUCACCAUUAUUGAGUUGUUCCUCAUUCACAAGUUCAUCCUGUUUUUAUGCAUGGACUGGGAUGACUUCACCACAGGUAUAGCCUUCAUGGCGUCCCUCACCACCUGUACUGUUGCCAUCUGUUACUGCGUGUUCUACGUAUGUCUGGUGUGCGUGUGGGACUGGCUAGUGGCAGUACUUGCCAUUCUGUGUUGCGCGCUCUACAUCACGGAGUUUGUGAGGGAUAAAUGCGACUCAACGCGCUCUGUGAAGUACCUGGCCGCCCUCCCUGGAACCUUCAAGAUCCUGGAGGCGUAUGCGAGUUGCAUCAUCUAUAUCUCACUGACAGGCUAUCAUACGCAGGUGCCACUGAUCCUGUGCGUGGUGCUCUACAUCAUUCCCUUUCCUAUAAUACCAGUGAUUGUCAUGGUGAACGUGAUGAACUCCCUGCGAGUGUGCCUGCCUUUCAACAUUUCCCGUCUCGAGAACAUCUUUCUCGUCCUCUCUGUGGUGGUCUACAUCGUGGCUGCAAUCAUCUGGCCACUUUACACUGUCCAUAACAACCCUCAGCCAGAUGACUGCCCAGCAGGUGGGUGUCAGUGGAGCUUCUAUUUUUUGGUCACGUUUAUGACGUGCGUUAACCUCUGCCUUUUCACUGUGGACUUGGUGUUCACGCUUCUGGGGAUAUGUGGCUUCCAGCGUGUUUGA